AUGGAUUACCCGGAUGAUUUGGAUACUACGGAUCCAGAGGCUCCGGUAUUCGGAGGCCAUUUCUUGGGCAGUCCUGGGCGAUACGAUGACUAUGCCAUCAAAUACGGUUACACGCCCUUGGAGGGCGAGACGCGUGGCCAGCGACAUCCCAAGCUAGAGCUACUGGCCAAUGGCCAGUCAGCCAGCGACCAGCAGCUCUUGGAACCCAGAAAUCCGCUCUUCGCUUCUGAUGAUGAUGUUGGCGGAUUGGAUCCGCGUGUGCAGAAGGGGGCAGCCGACAUCAAACGGAUGGGCGUAGACAAGAUCUUAUGGAGCCGCCUGCGCCGCAAGACCCUCCUAGAACACGUGCAGGAAGGGCUCAUCGAUUGUAACUUGUACAGCCAACGGGUGCUGGCCACCCUGGAGAUCACUUCCCGGGCCGUGCUCUGCGCCAGCGGUCUCUUGGGAGGGCGCCAGGUGGACGCGUCCCGCAGCCGGGCGCAGCCAGUGGAGUUCAAGGUGGCACUGCAAUAUGUGGCGGUGGCUUUGCACCUGUUGGGUGGUCCCGUCUUCCGCCUGUUGGACGCCGAAAAAGAACACCUGUUGAAGAGGAGAGAUGGAGAGUAUGGUUUGACGGCCACAUCCGCUCUGACGAUGCACGCAGAAGUUUGUGACCAGAUCUUGGGUCGUUUGUUGGAUCCAUCGAUGUUGGAACAGUUGGAGAGCCAGACAUCUGAGCAGAGGUCGCAGCCUGAAGCCUUUCAGUUGAUGAAGGCCUUAGCCUUUGGCACUGAACCGCUGGGACCCGCGAAGGAGUUGGAGGGUACGCCGCUGGGCGGCUUGCUGUACCCCUUACGGCCUGACCUGCGGAUGGCGGGGAUGCAGGGAAUGCUGCGUCAUGCAGCGUCACGGUGCCGCAGUGUCUUAAGACUCAAAAGUUCCUGUCGUGGCUGGGAGAGGAUCGCAGCUGUUGCCAUGGCGCGGACCGCAGCUGCACGCUUCAUUGCCCAGCGACAACCCAGGAAGCAGGUUUUUCUGGGGAUCAGCUUGGCGUUAGUGGCCUUCCGCGCCCUGAACUUUGUGUGUCCACCCAAGUCCUUAGAGACAGGAGUGCCGGCCACAGCGCAGCCAGCGCAGCCAGCGCAGCUGAAACCUGCGAAUCCUGCGGCAGCGACGCCAGCUGCCGAAGAGGCUGGCUCCACCCCUAUGAUGAUGGCCAGCUUGACAGCUAUGCCGCUGAUGUACAUUGCAGCCAACAAAGGAGUUUCGGGCCUCACCAGCCGUGGUGGCAAGUCGUUGCGCCGCUCCACGGCAGCACCAGAGGACGUGCGCGGGGAGGUCACAGGCGUGGUGCUGCCGGUGCUCGCAGCCUUAGCCGGCUGGCUGGCAGUGAUGUAUGGCAUCCAACAUGCCAUGAUUGAUGUACCCUUCCUCACAGGGAACCAAUACGAGUACUUCCCCAUCAUUGCCACCUUUAUCGGCGGCUAUGCGGUCAUCGUGCUGGAGGAACAAACCGAAAUCAACAAGGCUGCCACUGCACUGGUUCUGGGAGUCUUGAUUUGGGCCCUGGUGGGCACCGGCGUGGACAUGUCGGCAGCCAACUUCGACACAGCCAUCAAGGAGACCUUGGAGGAUGUCUCCGAGGUGGUUUUCUUCCUCCUGGGUGCUUUGACCAUCGUGGAGAUCAUGGACGCGCACAAAGGCUUCGACAUCAUCACCAAGGUGAUCCAGGCCAAAACUCAAAAGGAGCUCUUGCUGAUCAUUGGAAUCCUGACCUUCCUUUUAUCCUCGGUGCUCAACAACUUGACCGUUGUCAUUGUGAUGAUUUCACUUCUCCAGAAGCUCGUAAAGGACGAGGACUUCCGUAUGAAGUUGGGCGGCUUAGUGGUGGUCGCCUCCAACGCGGGUGGUGCCUGGACCCCGAUCGGCGACAUCACCACUACCAUGCUGUACAUCGGCGGACAGGUCACGACAGUGCCUCUGUUGGCCAAUCUCUUCGUUCCAAGCGUUCUGUGCUUGGUGGGAACUUUGGGAUAUGAAUACAUCCAGAUGGAUGACAAGCCCUUCGAGCGGGAUCCUGCCAGUGCAGAGGAUGCUGAAGUGCCCAAUGGUCAGGCCGUAGUCUUCUGGGGUGGGCUCUUCGGAAUGAUCACCGUGCCGGUCUUCACAGCCCUGACGCAAUGCCCUGCCUGGAGCGGCAUGAUGCUGGUCCUGGGGCUCUUGGGAUUGAUCACUUCUCUUCUCCACGGUCCUGAAGAUGAGAAAUACUCCUUGAAGGGUGCCCUCACACGGGUGGAGGUUCCGGACGCCCUGUUCUUCCUGGGCGUCCUCUUCGCCGUGGGCGGCUUGGAACGCGUGGGUCUGCUGAAGGAGUUCGCCGUGCAGCUCAGCGCGCUGGUGCCUUAUGAUGCGAUUGUGGCCAUCCUCCUUGGUUUCGCAUCCGCGGUGGUGGACAAUGUGCCAUUGGUGGCCGCUGCUCAGGGCAUGUAUGAGCUCGAUGCGCAUCCUGCCAACGACGGUCUUUGGAACCUCAUCACCUACUGCGCAGCCACGGGCGGCUCACUCCUAGUGAUUGGCUCUGCAGCGGGCGUGGCCUUCAUGGGCAUGGAGCGCAAUGUGUCCUUCGGCUGGUAUGUGAAGAGCAUUGGACCAGCGGCGCUGGCUGGCUACUUCCUGGGUGUGGCUGGCGUCCUGGGUCAGCAGGCUCUGGGGCUCAGCGUGGCCUAGGUCUUCAUGGAUGUUCUAUAUGUACAUUUUGUAUCAUUUUGUGACGCUUGCGCGCAGUGACCUCCAUGUUGUGAGACCUAGGUCCGUCCUAGGUGGUUUGCCCGUUGCUCAUUGAAGCUCUCCCGCUCCAAACAGCUCCAUGUUUGAACUUCGAUGAAGCACCGGGUUUUCGGGUUUUCCACGGAGCUGUGGUGGCCUGGACAAUAAAGGGAC